AUGGCACAAGUAAAAAUCCUAGCAAAAUUUGAAGGAAGACAAACAGAAUAUUUUGGAAUGGCAUUUGAAGCGACCUUUUUUAAGUUCGUUUCCCAAGAAAAAGAUAAUGGGGUUCCUAAGUAUGAGAUAUUUAUUAUGGCUUCGGAUCCGGCUCAUCCAAUAAUAGAAGAAAUCAACAAAAGCAGUGUAAUCAAUAAGGAAGCUAGAGAAAAUAUAAACAGUAAAAAUAAGGCAAAAAGGUAUUUUAUGUCUGGUCAGGCUCCUCAGUCUCCUGGUAGCAUUAAAAUAGUCAAUAAGCUUUAUGAGAGUAAAUUAGAGGAAUUAAAAAAACUAAAUAACUUAAUUCCAGGAGAGGAAAAGUUUAUUGAGGAAUUAGAAGCCGAAUUAAACAAGAAAACUGAAAACGGAAGUUUAUUAAUUACUUUUGAUGCUGGUUCGGAUGAUAAUUCUUCCCAAACUAUUACUAAUGAGGAGCAAGCAAACGAAACUGAUAAUCAGAAAAAAAAAGCAAUACAAAGGUUAGAACAUGUGGAAAGAUUAUUAAAGGAUCCUAGUUCUUUUUCCCAAGAGGAAAUCAAGGAACAACCAAGCGAUACAUCUCUUAUUAAGACCUUAAAAAAGAAAAUCCAAGGAGAAAAAGAUAUUAAAUCGGUUGAAGCAGAAAGGGAUACACAAUUUAACAAAGAAGUUCAAGCGAAAAUUAAAGUAGAAAGUGAUUUAGUCCAAGAACAAAAUAAAGUCAAACAGUUAGAAAAAGACAAAACCCAACUAACUACUGCCAAGGAUUUAACCGAAUUAAGCACUAAUAUUCAAGCCCUCAAAAAUGCCAGUGAAAAUACUACCCUACAAGAAACAAUCAAAAACCUAGAAACUGAAAGAGAGCAAAAUCGAGCCGAGAUAACUAAAAAAAAUGACCGAAUUGCCCAAUUAGGCAAAUUAUUAAAAGGAACAGCCACUAUCUUUUCUAAACAACACAACUAUAUCGACCAAUUAAAGACCCAAUUAGAGCAAGAAGGUAAAACCCAAGUAACUAGUCAAGAAACAGUUAACCAUUUACAAACUGAUAUCCAAAGAUUAGAUAAUGAGAAAAAAGAACUAGAUAACCGAGUUAAGGAAUUAGAACAAGAAAGAGUUAAAGCCGAAAAAGAACGAGAAACUGAAUUAACUAACUUAAAAGUUCAGUAUGAUAAAUCUAAAGAGUUCAUUGGUAGAACUUUAAGAAAUAAAAUUGAAAAGUUAAAGCAAGAAUUACAAAUUACUACGGAAGUAUUAAAUGAAAAAGCAAAAGGAGAAGAGGAAUUAAAAGGAGUUGUUGGUAAAUUAUCAAACGAGAAUGAAAAAAUGAAAACAAUUCUAGAAGAAUUGGCUAAGGAUACCAAAGAGAUAGGAACCCAAACUGAUUUAACAGCCGAACAAAUUACCCAAAUGGAAAAAGAUAUUACUAAAUACCAGACUGAUAUUCAGCAAGAACAGCAAAAAGUAAACUCUCUUACUAAUCAAAUAAACACUUUACAGGAAGAAAUAAAGGGUUUACAAGGGCAAGUAAAGGAUAAAGAAAUGAAUGAGUUAGAAAAGGAGUUAAUGAACUAUUGUAAAAAAACUGUCGAGUUGUUUGAUUUUCAACUUGAAGAAGUCGAUUACGAUUGA